UCGCCCCGUCAGGAGCCCCGCCCCGCCCGCGUGGAUGACAACGGCCGCGUCCAAUCGCUACGCCCGUCCGGGAGAGCGGGCCAAUCGUCAGCCACACCGAGGUGGGAACACUGCUGUUGCGACGCUUGAGUUCGUGUUGUGCGAGGUGCCUGGAACAGUCCUGGGAACGGACUGUGUGUCUGAUAACUGCCUGCACUCCUCCGGGCUGACGGUGAACCCGUCACAAAGGAGACUGCGUACCCAAGCCACUGUCACCCCGCGGUGCUCUGCUCCUGGGGGGUUUGCACUGACAACAAGCGCAUCGGCAUUUGUGUCCCUGGGAGAUUAUCCGUGGUCGCAGUCAACCUGUUGAAGAAAUGGAUUUGGAUCAGUUGGACCUGAAUCCCAGAAUUACUACUGCGGUCAAGAAAGCCAAACUGAAGUCAAUAAAGGAGGUUUUGCAUUUUUCUGGACCAGACCUGCAGAGACUAACCGGCCUCUCCAGCCUCGACGUGCAACACUUGCUGAGAACGGCCUCCCUGCACCUGCGGGGAAGCAGCGUCUUCACAGCUCUGCAUCUGUACCGGCAGAAGAAGAGGUUCCCCGCCCAGCACCAGCGCCUGAGCCUGGGCUGCCCCGUGCUGGACGGCCUUCUCCGCGGCGGCCUGCCCCUGGACGGUGUCACCGAGCUGGCCGGUCACAGCUCCGCCGGGAAGACCCAGCUGGCCCUGCAGCUCUGCCUGACCGUGCAGUUCCCUCCGCAGCACGGAGGCCUGGAGGCCGGGGCUGUGUACGUCUGCACCGAAGACGUCUUCCCGGACCUGCGUCUGCAGCAGCUCAUUGCGGGGCAGCGGCACCUGCGGACGGACGUUCCGGGAGAGGUGAUCGACAAGAUGAAGUUUGGCCACCAGAUCUUCAUCGAGCACGUGGCCGACGUGGACGCCCUGCUGGAGUGUGUGAGUAAGAAGGUGCCCGUGCUGCUGUCACGGGGGAUGGCCCGACUAGUGGUCAUCGACUCCGUGGCGGCCCCGUUCCGCUGUGAGUUUGACGGCCUGGCCUCAAUGCCCAGGGCCAGGCGUCUGCAGGCCUUGGGGGCCACCCUGCGCCGGCUGAGCAGCACGUUCCGGAGCCCCGUGCUAUGCAUCAACCAGGUGACGGAGGCCGUGGAGGAGCGGGGUGCGGCACCCGGGCCACAAGGUCUCUGGGAGGAGCGGGUCUCUCCAGCCCUCGGAAUGACCUGGUCCAAUCAGCUCUUAAUGCGGCUGAUGGUCAGCCGGCGCCGCCCCGAGGAGGAAGCCGUCCUCCCCCCGCCCGGCCGCCCUGACCGCACCCUGCGGGUGAUCUUCGCCCCUCACCUGCCCCCCUCAUCCUGUUCCUACACCGUCAGCAUGGAGGGGGUACGGGGGACUCCCGGGACCGAGGCCCGUUGACGUGGCAGCUGCAGAACGGCCGGCCAGGUCCCAAGAAACCCCGAGUCUGGCCGAGCCCUCCACACUCUGCGGGCACAGGGGACUCAUGUCUUGACCCGGGACACCCAUCGCUGGGACAAGGUCUGCUCCAGGGGUUGGCUGCCCCUUCUCAACGGCGGGAAGGCAGUAAGCACGGAUGACCCGCCUGACGUG